GGAGAAAGAAUUGAAAGGUUUUUAUUCUCCAGAUUCAGAAUAUCUUCAAACCCUAAUUUGCUCGGGCUUCAUUUUGGCUGGAAAUUAUUAUGAUUGUCAUUCUUUCAUCUGUGCCCUAAUUUUGUGUGAGGAUUCAGAGAUUUACUUUUGCCUCUCUCACUCGAGGUGAUCGAUUUAGGAACUUCUGAGUUAAAUUAAAAACAAGCUGAUAUACAUGGAGACUUUUUACUAAGAAUCAAAGACAACCAAGAGAUGCUUGAUCCUAUGGUAGAGCUCAUGUUGACUUCAAAUUGACUCCAUGCAUAUCUAAAUUUUCAUAGACCAACUGUUUGUAUUUCUUGAGAAGAAGAUGUCUCUUAUUGUUAGCCAGUGGAACAAUUCAGCAGGUUCUUUGAGAGAAUCACCAUGUAGAAGAAGUAAGGAAUACAAAGCACCCAUCACAAUGUGUGACAAAUAUUUUGGUCCUAGAAUGCUUGGAAGAAAUAGCGCUGAACUGCAAGCAACAAAAACCACAAACAGGUUUCAGCUAGGCACUGCAAUGAGUACUUUUACAGUGGCUACUUUGGUUGCAAUUGAUACUGCAGACGCCGUAUCUGGAAACUACGCAAUGGGCACAAAUCAUGACAUAUGGUCCACUCUUGUUUUUGCUGAUGCUGGCCUCGGAGAUUGGUUUGGGAGUCUCUUAUAUAAUGCUGGCCAGCAAGCUAAUGAAGCUGUUCAAAGCCAGUUGACAGCACUCAGUUUCACUAGUCUAGCUGUUAUUUUUGGUGCUGGGCUUGUAACAAGUUUAUCCCCUUGUACUCUAAGUGUAUUGCCUUUGACACUUGGUUACAUAGGAGCUUUUGGAUCUGGCAAAAGCCGUGCACAGAUAAUUGGCGAUUCACUGGCCUUUGCACUAGGGCUGGCUACAACACUGGCAAUAUUGGGUAUUGCUGCGUCCCUUGCUGGGAAAGCUUAUGGACAGAUUGGCCAGGGACUUCCAUUGGCUGCUUCUGGAUUGGCUAUUAUAAUGGGUUUAAAUCUUUUAGAGAUUGUUGAGCUCCAGCUACCUUCUUUUUUCAAUGAUUUUGAUGCACGAGCUGUGGCUGCCAAUUUUCCAUCAAGUGUGCAAGCUUAUUUGGCUGGACUCACAUUUGCCUUAGCGGCUUCACCUUGCAGUACACCCGUUCUUGCAACUUUGCUUGGAUAUGUGGCAGCCUCAAAGGAUCCAGUAAUAGGGGGUAGCCUGCUUUUGACAUAUACAACCGGCUAUGUGGCUCCACUUCUACUUGCUGCCUCUUUUGCCAGUGCUUUACAGAGCCUACUUUCCUUUCGCAAGUUCUCAUCAUGGAUCAACCCAGUGAGUGGGGCACUCCUACUAGGUGGUGGAAUAUACACUAUGCUGGAUAAGUUGUUUCCGGCAUCAACAGUAAUGUCUUAGACCUUCAAAACUAGAAUGACAUAUAUUAAGGGAAGCUCGACCUUUUUGUACUCGACAAAGAGCACAAUGUAAGGUGUAUAGAAUUAAUAUUUAUAUCUGUAGAAUGAUUAGUCAUUCAUCUUUACUUGUGUUAGCCAUAUGCUAGAUGUAUAAAUUUGACAUAAGGCAUGCGCAUAUACACGUCAUGGCUAUGUGGAUUUAGUUUGUGUACCAAGUGAUUAAAUAAUAGUUUCAGCUUAAACGUUGUA